AUGUUUCCAGCUAACGGAGCAGUAUCAGCACCCGUCCAGUUCCCGAAACAAUGGAUCUCAAGCAUCGAUUGGAACAUACAGCCCAAGGCUAACCGAAAGACAUCCAUCAUUUGUACUAUUGGUCCUGCUACCAACAACAAGGACAAGCUAGUCGAAUUGAUGGAUGCCGGUAUGAAUAUCGUACGCAUGAACUUUUCUCAUGGCGACUACGAUUACCAUGGCUCUGUACUAGGAAAUGCACGAGCAGCCGCUGCAGAACGACCCGAAAAAGCACUGGCCAUUGCACUCGAUACCAAGGGUCCUGAAAUCCGCACGGGCUCGAUGCGUGACGGUAAAGAUGCCUCCAUCACUAAAGGACAAGAUGCCAUUAUCACCACGGAUGACCAAUACAAGGAUCUCUGUGACGACAAGGUCAUUUAUCUUGACUACAAGAACAUUACCAAAGUGAUUGACGUGGGCAAGAAUGUGUAUAUCGACGACGGCUCAUUAUCGUUUCAAGUCUUGGAGAAACAAGACGAUCACCUCAAAGUGCGCGCCUUGAAUAAUGGUAAACUCUCUUCGAAAAAAGGUGUCAAUCUGCCUGGCACACCUGUUGACUUACCCGCCUUGUCUGAAAAGGACAAGAGCGAUCUCGCGUGGGGUGUUGAGCAUGGUGUCGAUAUGGUGUUUGCAUCGUUUAUUCGUCGCGCUCAAGACGUUAAAGACAUUCGCCGCGUGCUCGGUAACAAGGGUAAAAACAUCAAGAUUUUGUGCAAAAUUGAGAACCACCAAGGCUGUGAGAACUUUGACGAGAUUUUACACGAGACCGAUGGCAUCAUGAUUGCUCGUGGUGAUAUGGGUAUCGAGAUUCCUUGUGAGCGAGUGUUUGUUGCUCAAAAAAUGAUGACUGCGAAAUGCAACUUGGUCGGCAAGCCCGUAGCAUGCGCCACCCAAAUGCUGGAUUCCAUGACUUAUAAUCCACGUCCCACACGAGCCGAAGUGUCCGAUGUUGCCAAUGCCGUACUGGACGGUGCAGAUCUGGUCAUGCUUUCCGGCGAAACGGCCAAAGGCUCUUACCCAGUUGAGACGGUACGAACCAUGGCGGCAACGUGUGAACUAGCUGAAACCGUGAUUUGCUACCCGCCGUUGUUCAAUGAGCUCCGCACGCUUACUCCUUGGCCAACUGAUACAACAGAGACAAUCGCUUGCGCCGCAGUGUCUGCUGCCGCAGAACAGAACGCUGGUGCUAUUAUUGUCCUCUCGAAAUCGGGUCACACGGCUCGUUUGGCCGCAAAGUAUCGUCCCUCGCAACCUAUCAUUGUCGUCACGCGAAACGAGGAAACCGCUCGACAGGCCCACUUGAACCGCGGCGUGUUCCCCUUUAUCCAUUUGGAGCAGCCGCUUGACAAUUGGCAGGAUGAUGUCGAGUGCCGUAUUCGAUAUGGUGUCAAGCAUGGCAAAGCGGCCGGUUUGCUUCAAUCAAACGAGUCAGUCAUCGUUGUUCAAGGAUGGAAGGGUGGUUUGGGAAAUACCAACACGAUCCGCGUUCUGAUCGCUCCUUAA